UACGAGUAUGUAGGUUUAAGCUCCGUCUAAGUACGAGUUUCUCAGAAAUUGAAGCUGAACGGCCGUAUGGUUGCCUCUCAGUAGCAAGUCUUAUGAAUUAUAAAACCGUAAAGCAACUAUGCAACCGUUUCAGUUAAUUGUUUGUUUCGCGUUGGAAUUGAAGUGGUGUUCUCUAAAAAAAAAAGAAACGUGUUUGCGCAUUUGACCAGCAUUUAAACUGCACGAUACCUCAUAUUAUACAUAGUACAUGUAUGUAUGUAUUUAUAAAAUAAACGAAAAAACACACAUAUCUGCUGAUAGUUUUCCUAUAAAAAAAAAAAAACUAUUCCAAUACACAAACAUACGUACUGCAAUAUAAAGCCCGCGCAUUAAAAGUUAAAAUGCCACAAGAUAUAAUUGAACGCCAAAACUCAUCCAUGAAUGGGAAUGCAAAAGAUAGAUAUGGGCGACCUGCCAAUCCAGCUGUAACGUUUACAAAUUCUGGUUUCAUUAAUGAUGAAAAUGGAGCUGAAACGAUAUUUCGUCGUAAGAGUGGUAAUGCCAAUAGCCUACAACUGGCUGAAAAUAUAGACAACAAAGAAUCAGUUACGCAAAACCCAACUCCUAUGGAUUUCGAUGACAUCCUGCCCAUGAUAGGAGAGUUUGGAAAAUAUCAAAAAAUUUUAUUUCUUCUGAUGAUACCUUUUGCUACAUUUGUAGCAUUUGUUUAUUUUUCGCAAAUUUUCAUGACACUUGUACCAGAACAACAUUGGUGUCACGUGCCGGAGCUGGAGGAGCUAACAGUUGAAGAAAGAUUGGCCAUCUCUAUACCGAGAAUGCGCGGCAUUCGGGAAUACGAUAAUUGCAAGAUGUAUGAUGUUAAUUACACGGAAGUGCUGGCCAAGGGUAUGCGUCAAGCUGAUCCGAAUUGGCCAGUAAUAGCUUGCCGCCACGGCUGGUCGUACAACUUCACAGAUUAUCCAUACACAACGGUGGCUACCGAACAGAAUUGGGUUUGCGAGAAUGAUGCUCUGCCUACUUAUGCCCAAUCGAUCUUUUUUUUGGGUGCCAUUGUAGGCGGUUUACUAUUUGGCUGGAUUGCAGAUAAAUUUGGGCGGAUACCUGCGCUAAUUGGCAGUAAUUUAGUUGGUUUUGCGGCUGGUGUUGGAACUGCUUUUACUGCAAAUUUCUGGCAAUUUGCAGUGAUGCGAUUCUUUGUGGGAUUCGCUUUCGACAAUUGUUUCACCAUGAUGUACAUUCUGGUUCUGGAGUACGUUGGCCCAAAGUAUAGAACAUUUGUCGCCAAUAUGUCUAUCGCAUUAUUCUUUACUGCCGCCGCGUGUAUUUUACCCUGGAUUGCAUAUUUUAUUGCAAACUGGAAAUUAUUUGCAAUCACGACAUCUGCACCUCUUGUUAUAGUUGUAUUAACACCAUUUGUUAUCCCAGAAUCAGCAAGAUGGCUUGUAUCACAAGGAAAAGUCGAUAAAGCUGUAUCAAUAUUGAAAAGACUUGAAAAAGUGAAUGGAAAGCAUGUAACGGCAGAAACAUACCAAACCUUUAGUGCUAGUUGCGUGAAAUUGAAACAAGAGGAAAGCAAAAAUAGUGGAUAUUCCAUUUUAGAUCUAUUCAAAACACCGCGCUUGCGACGGACAACACUUCUGCUUAUUAUAAUUUGGAUGGCAAUAUCAUUGGUGUUUGACGGCCACGUUCGGAAUGUGAGCUCUCUGGGAGUGAAUGUAUUUUUCACCUUUACUGUAGCUUGCUUCACUGAGUUUCCGGCAGACACAAUCUUAACACUCAUAUUGGAUAGAUGGGGACGAAGGUGGUUGGCAUGUGGUUCUAUGAUUGCCAGCGGCAUCUUCAGUUUAUUGGCAACAAUCGUGCCACAAGGCAUUUACUUUGCAUCAUUUGCUAUUAUGGGAAGGUUUUUUGUUAAUAUUUCGUACAAUAUUGGACUGCAAUAUGCUGCUGAAAUUCUUCCCACUGUUGUAAGGGCACAAGGUGUCGCCUUCAUUCACAUAAUGGGAUAUGUAGCAAGCAUUAUAGCCCCUUUUGUUGUAUAUUUAGAGAAAGUCUCCCCAGUCCUCCCGUUGGUCAUUUUGGGUAUUCUUGGCAUAAUUGGAGGCCUUCUGGCUUUGCUACUGCCAGAAACUUUAAAUCAAGAUCUUCCUCAAACGCUAACAGAUGGUGAAGAGUUUGGAAGAGGUCAGAGCAUUUGGGACUUCCCAUGUUUGACAAAAAAUGUCGAUGACCACAAUAAUUUAGAAGAGCGACCACAGAGGUUUGUCCGUUCAACACAAACCGGAGCUUCGCUUCGAUCUUCAACUCGGGGUGAGUUACGAUCCAGCAUAUUAAGAAGAUCCGUAAAUUCGCGUUACUCAUCAAAGCUUUGAAUUCAUAGUCAUAAUAUUAUAUAUUGUGAAGUAGAUUUUUUAAUUUGCUUUUUUUUCAUGAGUAUAUUUGUAGCAAAACUUCCUAAACCGCGUUCAAGAAGUUAUUUGAGUCCAUAAACUUGUGAUAUUAGUAAUAAGUAUAAAUACGAGCAUAUACAUAUGUACGUACAUAUAUGUUUGUGUACAUAAAAACCCUUUAAUAAAAUACACAUAAAUGUUAAUAAUGUAAAGAGCUUGUAAUAAACGAAGUAUGAACCACAUUCCGUAAGUUUCUUAAAAGUAAAGAAAAACUCCUUCAAAUAAACAGAAAUCAGUCAAAAUUAACUCUGUGCGGGGAAAUAUAUCAGUAGGAAUUAGACGGUAAUGAAAUGUCAUAAUUCUGCUCAUUCGUUGCAAAAUUUUACUGGCUUUUACAGGACUUUUGGUUUUGGAUUCUAUGUGCUUGAGAAAAUCAUAACAAUUCCGUUCCCCCAGCAUUGUCUAUUCAACUUGAAAUCCGGUAUGGGUUUCUAAUCAGACCGUCCUCGAGGGGGUAAUAUAUUUUUUGGAACUUUUUACUUUCGGUCCUUGAAUCGCAGUUCAUUAGAAAUGCAGACGAUUACAUAACUG